GAGAUCCAGAAAGAGAGGAGGCACCGCCCCCAGCCCGCCUCCAAAGCUAGCCCCGCCGCCCGCUAGAGUGGAGGAGGCUGGCCGCAGGACUGCACGCUGCCCGGCCCUGCUCUCCCGCUGCCAUGGGGCCCCACACUCCUGUCCUCAUCCUGGUCCUUUUGUCGUGGUCGGGACCCAUUCAAGGACAGCAGCAGCACCUUGUGGAGUACAUGGAACGCCGACUAGCUGCUUUAGAGGAACGGCUGGCCCAGUGCCAGGACCAGAGUAGUCGGCACGCUGCUGAGCUGCGCGACUUCAAGAACAAGAUGCUGCCGCUGCUGGAGGUGGCCGAGAAGGAGCGGGAGGCGCUGAGAACUGAGGCUGACACCAUUGCGGGGAGAGUGGACCGUCUGGAGCGGGAGGUGGACUAUCUGGAGACCCAGAACCCAGCCUCACCCUGUGUGGAGGUUGAUGAGAAGGUGACCGGAGGCCCUGGGACCAAAGGCAAGGGCAGAAGAAGAAAUGAGAAGUACGACAUGGUGACAGACUGUGGCUACACAAUCUCUCAGGUGAGAUCAAUGAAGAUCCUGAAGCGGUUCGGUGGCCCAGCUGGUCUAUGGACCAAGGAUCCACUGGGGCCCACAGAGAAGAUCUUCGUGUUAGAUGGGACCCAGAAUGACACGGCCUUUGUCUUCCCAAGGCUGCGUGACUUCACCCUUGCCAUGGCUGCCCGGAAAGCUUCCCGAAUCCGGGUGCCCUUCCCCUGGGUAGGCACGGGUCAGCUGGUAUAUGGUGGCUUUCUUUAUUAUGCCCGGAGGCCCCCUGGAGGACCCGGCGGGGGUGGUGACUUGGAGAACACUUUGCAGCUCAUCAAGUUCCACCUGGCAAACCGCACAGUGGUGGACAGUUCGGUGUUCCCAGCAGAGGGUUUGAUCCCCCCGUACGGGCUGACGGCAGACACGUACAUAGACCUGGCGGCUGAUGAGGAGGGCCUUUGGGCUGUCUAUGCCACCCGGGAGGAUGACAGGCACCUGUGUCUGGCCAAGUUAGACCCACAGACACUGGACACAGAGCAGCAGUGGGACACGCCAUGUCCCAGAGAGAAUGCGGAGGCUGCCUUUGUCAUCUGUGGGACCCUGUAUGUCGUCUAUAAUACUCGCCCGGCCAGUCGGGCCCGCAUCCAGUGCUCCUUUGAUGCCAGCGGCACCCUGACCCCUGAGAGGGCAGCACUGCCUUAUUUCCCCCGCCGAUAUGGUGCCCAUGCCAGCCUCCGCUAUAACCCCCGAGAGCGCCAGCUCUACGCCUGGGAUGAUGGCUACCAGAUUGUCUAUAAGCUGGAGAUGAGGAAGAAAGAGGAAGAAGUGUGAGGGAGCUGGUCUUUGUUUUCUGAAUCUCCUUCGCCUCCAUCCAUUUCUAUCCCUCCCAAAGUUUCUGCUCCUCAUUCUCCAGAUGUGCGCAAGUUGCGAUUCAAAUCUCCUCUUUUUAGCCAAUGGAAACCAAACUCUCAUUGCCCCCUCAUUUCACAUGGGACUCCAGAUCUUGAGGAAUCCCUUUGGAGCUGAGAGAGAGAAAGCCCGCAGCAUUCACUCCUGCUCUCCUGCCCCCUAUCGAAGAAUUUCAAGCCAGUGAAAGAUGACUCAGACCCAGAGCUCUGACCCUUGUAGGGGGGCGACCCUGGUGAACAGGCCACAGAUUCUUUUUUGCACAGUGUGAGUCAGGGGAGAGAGGGCUGGGAGGAGACUUUGAACUCUGCCCCUCUCUCCUUUCUCCCUUCAGUGCCCUAAAGAAGGAGACUCAGACUCGUUUGUACUGCGGCGUUUUGCAUUAAAAGGAAAAUCCUCUGCUC